AUGACGCGCUUCGCCCUGACUGUGGUCCGUCAUGGACAAACAAGAUUAAACAAGGAGAAAGUAAUUCAAGGACAAGGAGUAGAUGAGCCUCUUUCAGAAACUGGAUUUAAACAAGCAGCUGCUGCUGGCAUAUUUCUUAAUAAUGUGAAGUUUACUCAUGUUUUCUCCAGUGAUCUCAUGAGGACAAAGCAGACCGUGCAUGGGAUUUUGGAAAAGAACAAAUGCUGCCAAGAUAUGACAGUGAAGUUUGAUUCAAGACUUCGAGAAAGAAAAUACGGGGUUGCAGAAGGCAAGGGGCUGAGUGAGCUGAGGGCAAUGGCCAAAGAAGCUGGGGAAGAAUGCCCUGGGUUCACGCCGCCCGGAGGAGAGACCUUAGACCAGGUGAAGAUGCGAGGAAUAGACUUUUUUGAAUUUCUUUGCCAACUUAUCUGGAAGGAAGCAGAUAAAAAAGAACAUUGUUCUUUAGAAACUCCAAGCAACUGUCUGGAAACUUCUUUGGCAGAGAUCUUCCCUUUAGGAAAAAAUUGUGCCUCCAAAUUUAAUUCAGACAGCAGCACUCCAGAAUUAGUAGCCAGUGUCUUAGUAGUGAGUCACGGUGCCUAUAUGAAAAGCCUGUUCGGUUAUUUUCUGAACGACCUUGAGUGUUCCUUACCAGAAACGCUAAGCAAAUCUGAACUUACAGCAGUUAGUGCCAAUACAGGGAUUAGUCUCUUUAUCAUAAACUUUGAGAAAGAAAGAGAAGCUAAACCAACAGUUCAGUGUGUUUGUAUGAACCUACUAGAUCAUCUAAGAGAAAUGACUGAAACUUGCUAA